GCUCUUUUCGUUAAUGGUCGUGUUUCCGUCCCGGCCUUCAACCAUCUUCGGCAUUGUUCGGCUUAGUUCGGCCGCUAACGGUCGGUGUGUUCAAAUGUUCGGCUGCAGCUCGUCCUGCAGACACCGUGAAGAAGGAGAAGAAAAGAACCGACGACAGGACGCGACAGACGGAGUCUCCCGGCGGAAUGACGGUGCUGCAGGAACCGGUCCAGGCUGCUGUGUGGCAGGCUUUGAACCACUACGCUUACCUGGAUGCUGUUUUCCUUGCGGAGAGACUCUACGCUGAAGUGAGGUCAGAGGAGGCCCUCUACCUGUUGGCAACAUGUUAUUACCGCUCGGGGAAACCGUACAAGGCGUACCGGUUGCUGAAGGCACACAGCUGCUCCACGCCGCAGGUUCGAUUCCUGUUGGCAAAAUGCUGCGUGGAACUGAGCAAGCUCGCUGAAGGUGAGCAGGUUUUGAUUGGUGGCGUGCUGAACAAACAGAAGAGUCAAGAUGACAUCAUCACAGAAUUUGGAGACUCCGCCUCCUUCACACUAUCGUUGCUGGGACAUAUUUACUGUAAGACAGGAGAGAAACCAGAUCCAGAUCAGGUCUUCAGGUUGUCCUCACUACAGAACUCUUCUAUAGCCCCACCCCCUCCGUCUGUUAGUCCUGCCCAGAACCCGUCCCACCGUCUAGACACCGCCCUAAUGGAGACGCCACAGGACACACUGGAGUUGAAUCGUCUGAAUCUAGAAUCUUCUAAUGGAAAGCUGACAUCUGAUUUGUCAGUUUCCUACAUUGACUCCUCCCUUAUCUCCCCGGAAACUGGAUCCCUACUGGGUAACCCUGUUUCCAUGGCAUCAGCUGGGUCCUUGUUGGCUAAACAGAAUAAGCCUAAAAGUGGAAGGAGUUUAUUGGGAGGACCUGCUGCGCUCAGCCCGCUGACGCCCAGUUUUGGAAUCCUUCCCCUGGAGCCCAGCCCAGGAGACCCCACAUAUCUACAAAACUAUUCAGCUACUAUGGAAACGCAAACUACAGGUCCCAACAAGAAGUCUGUCUCCCGGAUCAGUCAGUCAAAGUCUGUCUUCAGUCAGAGUGGAAACAGCAGAGAAGUUCUUCCUAUUCCAUUCAACCAAUCCCAGACCUCUGCACCACACACCAGUGGCUCUCCUCAGGUGCUCAGUCCCAGUAUGUCUGGUCCUCCAAACGUUCAGCCCAGGAGAAGCUCGAGACUUUUCACCAGUGCCAGCUCCACUGCCAAGGAGAACAGUAAGAAGUUAAAGAUGAAGUUUCCAACAAAGAUUCCAAACAGAAAAACGAAAUGUAAAUCAACCAAAACAUCAAACAGCAGCAACCUGAACGAGAGUCUGGACAUCCUGAGACUGGAUCCAGGUCUGUGUCUACCUGACACCAAGAUCCAGCACCAGAGAGCUGCUGCAGACAGCGUGAUGGCGUUGCUGCGGGAACUGGGGCGUGGUUACCAGGCGCUGUGUUCAUACAACUGCAAAGAAGCCAUCAACAUACUGACGUCCCUGCCCCCCCAACACUACAACACCGGCUGGGUCCUCACCCACAUCGGCAGGGCUUACUUUGAGCUGGCUGAGUACACACAGGCGGAGCGUGUGUUCAGCGAGGUUCGUAGGAUCGAGUCGUUUAGAGUUGAGGGGAUGGAGAUUUAUUCAACGACUCUGUGGCACCUACAGAAAGACGUCGCUCUGUCGGCGCUGUCCAAAGACCUGACGGACAUGGACAAGAACUGUCCUGAGUCCUGGUGUGUUGCAGGAAACUGCUUCAGCCUGCAGAGGGAGCAUGACAUCGCCAUAAAGUUCUUCCAGAGAGCGAUCCAGGUUGACCCAGGCUUUGCGUAUGCUUACACUCUGUUGGGUCAUGAGUUUGUUCUGACCGAGGAGUUGGACCGAGCACUCGCCUGCUUCCGUAACGCCAUCAGAGUCAACAACCGACACUACAACGCAUGGUACGGUCUUGGGAUGAUUUACUACAAACAGGAGAAGUUCAAUUUGGCAGAAAUCCAUUUCAAGAAAGCUCUGAGCAUCAACCCUCAGAGCUCCGUGCUGCUCUGCCACAUCGGAGUUGUGCAGCAUGCGUUGAAGAAGUCUGAUGCAGCUUUAGAAACUCUGAAUCGAGCCAUCGGGAUUGAUCCCAAAAAUCCACUCUGCAAAUUCCACAGAGCAUCGAUAUUGUUCGCCAAUGACAAGUACAAGGCAGCUCUUCAGGAGUUGGAGGAGUUGAAACAGAUUGUUCCUAAAGAGUCUCUGGUUUACUUCCUCAUAGGAAAGGUUUAUAAGAAGCUGGGACAGACUCACCUGGCUCUCAUGAACUUCAGUUGGGCGAUGGAUCUGGACCCUAAAGGAGCAAAUAACCAGAUCAAAGAAGCCAUUGAUAAGAGAUACUUGCCCGAGGACGAAGCAGCGGAGGUGGACGACAGUCAGGACAGCAGCAUCAUGACGGAUGCUGACGACACGCAGCUCCACACGGCUGAGAGUGAUGAUGUCCUUUAGCCACGCCCCCUCGUGUGAAUACACCUCCUGCUAGAGCCAAGCCCUAUUCCCUUCUCCGAUUGGAUGCAGCACUGCUGUUGCUAGGCAACAUUCUGACAGCCAGUUCUUCCGUUUAGCUCCACCCCUUGUGCUGCCCCUGUCCUUGAUCGGCUGAAACAGACUGCUGCCUCCCUGAAUCCCCGCCCCCUUCCUCAUGUGUCAUCAACUGGUUCUGUGACAUCACCGCUGUUUUUUAUGUUCUUUUUAUCAUUAUGGAAAUAAAUCAAUAAAAACAUGUAAACCCCAA